AUGACCGCGGUGCCCGCAGGUCCGGCCCAAGCCAGUUCGCUGAGCAGGAGCCGCCCGGCGUCCCCAGUGGCGGGCUACCGUAGUUCCCAGCUGUGCCAGCACCCCCUGCGCGCCAUCGCGGAGCUGCAGAGCGCGGGCACGAGCAUGAGCAACCAUGUGCUGCUCAAACCCGCUGCCAUGGGCGGGGAGACGAGCGACUAUCGGAUUCAGGCGCCCAACGUGGAGCUGACCAAGGUUCCGGAGUAUUUAAAGAAGGACUGCCUGCUGUUCUACUACCCAGACUGCGAGCAGCUGGCGCGGCGCAUCAUGGAGUGCAGCGAGGGCACGGUGGAGCUGGCUGAGAUCAACUGGAAGCGCUUUGCCGACGGCUUCCCCAACCUGUUUGUCAAGGACGCGAUCCGCAUCCGCAACCGCCACGUCGCCUUCCUGGCCUCCUUCCACACCCCGGGGGUCAUCUUUGAGCAGAUCUCCAUCAUCUACCAGCUGCCCCGCCUCUUCGUGGGCUCUUUCACCCUCGUCCUGCCCUACUUCCCCACAGGCACAGCGGAGCGCGUGGAGGCUGAGGGCGACGUGGCCACCGCCUUCACCCUGGCCCGCAUCAUCUCCAACAUCCCGCUGGCGAGGGGCGGCCCCGCCAGCGUGGUGAUCUUCGACAUCCACGCCCUGCAGGAGCGCUUCUACUUUGGAGACCAGGUGCUGCCGCUGUUCGAGUCGGGCAUCCCGCUGCUCAGGGAGCGGCUGCGGCAGCUGCCCGACGCCUCCAACAUCACCAUCGCCUACCCCGAUGAGGGCGCCUGGAAGCGCUUCCACUACCAGUUUGGGGACUACCCAGAGGUCAUCUGCACCAAGGUGCGCGACGGCGACAAGCGCAUUGUGCGGCUCAAGGAGGGGACGGCGCGCGGGCGGCACGUCGUCAUCGUCGACGACCUGGUGCAGAGCGGUGGGUGGGUGGCGGGGCGGGCGGCGGUGACGGGCGGCACGUUGAUAGAGUGCCAGCGGCUGCUGGCCACGCAGGGCGCCGCCCACGUGAGCGCCUACGUCACGCACGGCGUGUUCCCAAACGAGUCGUGGCGGCGGUUUGAGGGGGAGGGCGGCAACGGCGCGACAGACGGCUUCAAGUUCUUUUGGAUCACCGACUCCUGCCCCGCCACCGUCACCUCGGUCACCGACCGCGCCCCCUUCGAGGUGCUGUCGCUGGCGCAGCCCAUCGCAGCCGCGCUGCAGAUCUGA